GCUCACUGGACUAGGCAACAAUGGACAGGAAACCGCAAAACCAGAAGAACCUGACCGGAACUCUGAUUUUGGCUGUGUUCACGGCUGUGCUGGGCUCUCUGCAAUAUGGAUAUGGUAUUGGAGUUAUUAAUGCACCACAAAAGGUCAUUGAAAGACAUUAUGCAAGAGUACUGGAUCUACCGAUGGAUGACGUUGUAGUUCAGAAUGGGAAUGAGACAACUGAGUAUGUGGUACCCCCAGCUGUUACCAUGUACUGGUCACUCUCUGUAUCAGUGUUUUCUCUUGGAGGGUUGGUGUCUUCCUUUUUUGUUGGAUGGAUUGCAGACAAACUGGGAAGGAUUAAAGCCAUGAUGGCUGUGAAUUCUCUGGCUGUACUUGGUUCCCUUCUCAUGGGCUUGGCUCCUCUGGGCCAAGCUCAUGCCCUUGUCAUUGCUGGUAGACUUAUAACUGGUCUUUAUUGUGGGCUCUCAUCUGGACUAGUACCCAUCUAUAUAGGUGAAAUUUCCCCUACUUCCUUAAGAGGAGCUCUUGGAACAUUACACCAGUUUGGGAUUGUAUGUGGGAUUCUUAUCAGUCAGAUUGUUGGAUUAGACUUUAUUUUGGGCACCAAGGAUUUAUGGCCUGUUCUACUAGGCCUUUCUGGUGUCCCAUCUGUGAUCCAGACAAUUUUGCUGUUCUUUUGUCCAGAGAGUCCCAGAUAUGCCUACAUCAAACUUGGAAAAGAAGAAGUUGCCAAAAGAAUUUUGAGAAGCAUCAGGGCUCCAGACUAUGAUCCCGCCAAAGACAUUGAGGAGAUGAAGAGGGAAAAGGAGGAGGCAGCCCGUGAAAAGAAAGUUUCUAUCAUCGAGCUUUUUAGGUCCCCAAAUUACAGACAGCCGCUCCUUGUCUCAUUGGUACUACACAUGUCUCAACAGUUUUCUGGAAUCAAUGGGAUUUUUUACUAUUCAACAAGCAUUUUCACCAAAUCUGGAAUUAGCCAACCAGUAUACGCAACCAUUGGGGUUGGUGCAGUGAACACAAUUUCCACUAUUGUUUCGGUAUUUGUUGUUGAAAAAGCUGGAAGAAGAUCCUUAUUCCUUACUGGUUUGGCAGGAAUGUGCAUUUGUGCUGUGAUCAUGACAAUUGCUCUAGCUUUGCUGCAUGCACAUGCUUGGAUGAGCUAUCUGUGUAUGGUUGCCAUCUUUCUAUUUGUCAUAUUCUUUGAAGUCGGGCCUGGUCCUAUUCCUUGGUUCAUUGUUGCUGAACUUUUUAGCCAAGGUCCUAGACCUGCAGCUAUGGCAGUAUCUGGAUUUUGCAACUGGACAUGUAACUUCAUCAUUGGAAUGACCUUCCAGUACAUAGCAGAAGCGUGUGGGCCUUACGUGUUCAUCAUAUUUGCGAUUCUUCUGUUCGGUUUCACUGUAUUUACAUACUUUAAAGUUCCAGAAACUAAAGGAAAAUCUUUCGAGGAGAUAUCUGCUGAGUUCCGCAAAAAAAAACUCAAGGGGCUCAAAUCUACUGAGAUGGAGUAUCUGGGAUCAAGUACAGAUGCUUGAGGGUUUUUUUUUUCAAUCUGGACACUUGUUUUUAUAGGAAAAUAUUUUAUGAGAAACAGGGUAAACUGACCUUUUUUCUGUUCUUAUGGAUCCAUAUUUUUUUUAUAAAGCUGAACAUAAACAAGAUAUGUUUGUAUAUAUGUAGGGCGGUUAGCAAACAAUACAUAGAAAACACAUGCUAAUAUAUCUGCAACAAUUCGCACUCAGGUAAUUCUUUUAUACAGUUGAGAAAUAUACUACAACUAGCUUUGUUCUAAUUUUAUUACAAUAUUCGUUGUUAUCUGCAGAGAUGGCAUAGAAACUGCACAGUUCAUAUUGUAUGUUCUAUUUAUCUUCAAUACAUUUUGCAUUAUUACAGGCCUGCAGUAUAGUGUUAACAUUAUCUAGAACCACAGGAUAAUGCUUAAGGUGGUAGAAUUAAAUUUAGCUAUUUUGGUAAAUUUUGCAGAAUAAAUAACAUUUGGCUAUUUUGUUUUCUGUAUGAUGGUGGACAAAUAUGCUGCACUUGAGCUGUAAAUAUAAACCUAUAAGUGUUAUAAAAGUGCAUGCUGACUAUUAGGAAUUUUGCUUAGAAGCAUGGAGUCAUAUAGCCAACAAAAUAGUCAAAUAUAAUGUUUAAUUUCUGAGUAAAACAUUUAUGUACCCCAUUCAGUACCCUCAUUAUAAGGCUGUAGCAGAGAACUAGCUGCGAAGCGUGUAUCUCACUCAGCAUGUCCAUAUAUUACAAAGACAACUCAUUGAUGGAUACCAAUGAUCUUUGAUCACAUCAAUGCCUUGCCUUUGGGACUGCUAUCUUCUGGCCAGCUUAAAGGGGUUUUCCAGCAUAAGGUGAUUUUAGUACGUACCUGGCAGACAGUAAUGGACAUGCUUAGGAAGGAUCUGCGCUUGUCUUGGGCUAAAUGGCUAUGCUGUGAGAUUACCAUAACACUGUGACUAGCUUUUUGUGAAAUUGUAUUUCCUAUUUUCAGUUUUCUUGUUUGCCUACAAAUCCCAUGAUUCAAUUUUCCUCCUUCCCACACAUCAGCCACCCCACCCAUUGAAACAUAACCUGUGGUUUUCAAUCAGGUGCCUCCAGCUGUUGCAUUACUUGCAGAUUGCUCUCUCCACCCAUUGAAGCAGACAGGCUCCCUGUCAUCAGCUGACUAGUGAGUCAGGUCUCGACCACAUUGCAAGCUGGGAAAAAUCCGAGACAGCAGUCAUUUUGUAUGCUGUUAAAAAUAAAUAUUGGGGUGAAAAUCACAUUGUGAGAAAACCCUCACACACAGGUAAAGACACUAUAUUAUGAACUUCACUAACUUUACAGCCCCUGUAGCAUAGUCAAAUAAAAAAAAUUCCUGGAAUACCCCUUUAAGUAUAUAAAAAUACAAAAAGCCAAGGGAAGUUAUCAAAAGAAGUGCUCAUAGGCCUAAAUUCAGACCAAACAGAUCUCAGUCCUCAUUAGUAUAUGUAAACUUCAGUCCUUUGUUUGAAUUCUACCUCUACAAUCAGAAUUCGACCCAAUAUGCUUAUUGUUAAACCCCUUUCGCAAAACGCCGUUUAUAAGCGGUGCUGCGGCACGGCAGGGUUAUGAAGCGAGUUCAGGAGCUGAGCUCGCAUCAUACCCGCACGGUCCCGGCUGCUAUCAACAGCCAGGACCCGUAGCUAAUGCCCUACAAUGCAAAGUUGAUCGCCGCUUAGAAAGUGAAAGCUUCCCGGCAGCUCAGUCGGGCUGAUCAGGACCAUCACGAUGAAAACGCAAUGUCCCGAUCAGCCAAUGGCGCUUCAGAAGGGGGCCUUACCUGCCUCCUGCACGUCUGAUCAGCGAUUGAUUGCUCCAAGCCUGAAAUCCAGACUUGAGCAAUCGACCGCCGAUAACACUGAUCGAUGCAAUGCAUUGAUCAGUGUAUUGAAUCAAUGUACUGCAUGUUAUAGUCCCCUAUGGGGGCUAUAACAUUGCAAAAAAAAUAGUGAAAAAAAAGUAAAUAAAGAGGAUUUAACCCCCUUCCCAUAAAAAAAAAACAGUUUAAAUAAAAAUAAACACAUGUGGUAUCGCCGCAUGUGCAAAUGUCCGAACUAUUAAAAUGUAUCAUUAAUUAAACCGCAUGGUCAAUGGCGUAUGCCCCCAAAAAUUCCAAAAUAGCGUAUUUUUGGUCACUUUUUAUACCAUAAAUGAAUAAAAAGUAAUCAAAAAGUCCUAUCAAAACAAAAAUGGUACAGAUAAAAACUUCAGAUCAUAGCACAAAAAAUUAGCCCUCUAACUGCCCCGUAUGCAGUAAAAUAAAAAAAGUUAUAGGGGUCAGAAGAUGACAUUUUUAAACGUAUUAAUUUUCGUGCAUGAAGUUAUGAUUUUUUCCAGAAGUAAGACAAAAUCAAACCUAUAUAAGUAGGGUAUCAUUUUAAUCGUAUGGACCUACAGAAUACAGAUAAGGUGUCAUUUACACCAAAAAAUUGACUGGGUAGAAACGGAAGCCACCAAAAUUACAAUUACAUGAAUUAAAAUUACAUUAGGCAUAUAAUUACCUAAUGUAAAGCAAUUCUCCACACCAGAACAGGAAAAUGCAUUAUACUUCAUGUGCAUUAAAAACAAAGCUUUUGUGCAUUCAAUGUGGGUUUGUAAUCAGGUGGUAGUGGAAAAAUUUUAAAAGUUGCGUUUCUGCUGGAUGUCUUCAAACAUAAGGGCUUUUAUGCCCAAAAAUAACUGGUAUCUUUCCAAUGGCAAAUGUAACCAUUGGCAACAUAAUUUAAAUGUGUUUUCCCACUUCACUGCUGUGGGCAGCACCAGUGGGACUCUUACCGAUGAGUUGUAUUUAUGGGAACACUCUUCUCUGCUGCCACAUAUCAUGUGUCAAGACCACUGACUAAUCAUUCAUCAUUGUUACAGUAUACCUUGGUCUGUUACAUAAUCUACAAUGUUUCUUCUGUAGAGUUUAGUCAAUUAAUAUGGCUUUUCAUCAUCCUAAGAAACAAGCAUAAUUUUGGAUUUAGGAUCUCUUCUGAUCAAAUUAAAGUCUGAGCUUUCACCCCCCCGCCCCCCAUUCAUGCAAUGGCUGGAGGGUCACUUGUUGGGAGCCACUGUUGCCUUUGUAUCUAUUAUUAUAUACAUUCCUCUAUAAUCAUGCUUACACCUUGAGCAUAGAUUAAUUUGCCCUAUUUUUAUAUACUUAGUUUAUGAGCCUUUACAUUAGUCUGACCUAAAGUGAUGAAACAUAAUCAAUCUGUACUUUUACAUGUACUUCUGUAUUAAAUGUGUUACUACACUGUGGCAUCAUCUUUUAAAUUUUUUGUAGGAUUCCUAAACUAUAUUUAGUAACAAUGUAAAAUAACACAAUCUCCACCUUCAAUGCAACAUACUAAAUGGAUUUUAUUUGCAAAAUUUGUCAUCUAAGAUCAUUUGAAAUCUUUUUAUCAAGAGAACAAAAGGAAAAUUUUUGUGACUAUAACAUGUCAAUAAACCUGAUAUAGGCAUAGAUUUUUUCUGUCUAAUAUAGCACUCUAUAUCCAGGGAUCAUAUUUUCUAAACACAAAAAAAUGUAAUUUACAAACUAUACAAAACAAAUACUGUGUACCAACACUAACCCCAUAUGAUUGAUCUUACUCUCAUUAUGUACUAAUAGUAAGGCCUCUUUCACACUGCCAUUGGGCUCUGUUAUAUGGAGCUCUGUUGGCAAGCCCGUCAAAACGUCAGAAGUUUAAGAAAGAAAAACAUAGUGCAUGCACAAUUUUUUUUCUUCGGUAAACUACCGUAUCCCUGAUGCACUCCAUUCAAGUCAUUAGGAUCCAUCUGGACCCAGUAGUGAUCCGGUGGUCUCAGUUGCGCUCUGACCGAACCGAGCCUCACAGGCCCACAAUAGAACGAAAGUAAAUCAUAUGAGGUUAGCAUUGGUGUGCGGUAGUUGCGUAUGGUUUUUAUCAUUUAUAGUAGACCCACUGGGUGUCUUUUAUUGUCAGCAGCCCCCAGUCUGGGAAUUUCCUUCUAGGACUGGCCACCUCCACAUGAAAAUAUUUUAGACGUGGUUGUUGUAUUCUGUUAUUCAAAUGUAUAACUAUCUAAUUGCAUAAAAAUUAAAUAUAAUAGUGGGAAACAGUCACUGUAAACCAAUGAAAUUGGAUUUAUCUAUCAUUGGUUUACAUUGUUUUAUAUUUACUGGGCCACUUAUUACUGUGGCCCAUGUGGUUAUUUUUCUCAUCAAAAUUUUUAUAUGAAAACUAAUUUACAGUAAUUAAUUUCUAAAGAAUUUGAUGGCAUUGUUCUUGUUAAUUUAGUAAUCUGUGUUGUUAGGUGAGAUUGUGACAUAUCUUACCAGAGCAAAGUAUCAAAUUUACUAUAUUUAUAGUUUAUGCAUAUAAGAAUGUUAACUUGCUAACAGUUUUUACACGUGCAGCAGAUUUUCUACUUCAAAUUCUACAUUUUAUAAUAAACAAUAAUAUUUUUAAUUAGAUUUGUCAAGAUACAUUUGAAUCACUUUCAAUUCCCUUAUAGGGCAAAGGUAAAGUGACCAUAUCCAAAAGUCAAUGGGAUCCAUUUUUAAUCAGUUUUCAUAGUUUCUGAACAUGCAGGCGCACACUACAGGGUUUUGCCCUUUCCAAAUGUUUCUUAAAUUGUUGCAAAAUGGUUUCUGAUCUUUGAACAAAAUAUUAGACAAAGUGAAUGUUGAUUUGGUGGUGCAAGAAAUGGUAGUUAGUGCAUGAACGAAUAUAAAUUUUUUUGCCUAGUGGGCAUAUACGCACAGCCUUCCCUAGAGAAACAUGAGCUACUGUACCUUCUUGGAAAUCAUCCUUAGGUUGUUUUUUGUCAGAGUUCGUACAGAGCUAUCUGUAGAAAACAUAGCAUUCUUUAUUGCAGCCUAUACAUAUGUUGGUAUGUUUUUCUACAAGCAUUGCUUCAGUGGCAUGGCAGUACAUGAAGGCUGUAGGGCAGUACAUAGGCUUUGUGCAUAGGGCUCUGAUGUGUACAAGAUCACUUAGACUAUAUUCACAUGUUGGAUUUUUCUGUUGAAGAAAAUUCAUUGCAGAUUUGGCAUAUAAUCUAUGGCAGAAAUCUGAGGGUCUGCUGUGCCAUUUAUUGGGGCUAAUCUGCACAUGGCUAUUCACUGCUGUUUCCAUAUCGAUAAGUGACAUUCCACUUCAUUUUUUUCUGCCAUGCACCAAAUUCAAAAUGGAAUAGAUGUUAAAAAUGUAAAUGUACCCUUAUUGUGGAUUUAUGAAAACUGACAUUGGCAGAGGAUAGAGAGGCGUGCAGUUCUUCAGAUUGUUCCAAAUUUUCUUGCUUUUGAUAUAAGUGGCGAUUGGUUUUUCUCAAUACAUUCCCUGCCAUUUUAAUUCACAUACUGUGUCAUGCGUCUACUCAGGUUUUCUCUGUUUAGUAGAUCAGAAACCAUCCAGUGUAACAAAUAUUGUGAACAUCUAUAUUAAUCGUUAUUAGGGUAUGUGCUCAUGGACAAAAAACACGUCAUUUAUUUGAUACCCAAGCUGAUUUCUCCAAAAACAGUACUGAUUCACCUAAAAUAUACAUCUCCUAUUGAUUUCAAUGUGUUUUGGAGCAUAUAAAAAGACAGACAGAGUGUGCAACUAUGUGCUGUUACUCCGGUAUACACAAAAUCAUGUAUAAAAAAUAUGGUUGUGCUAACCUUAGGAUGGAGUGUGGAGCCCAAUUAUGUGGGCAAAUAGCCAGGGAGCUGCCAGGAGAUGUCCUGUACCGGAGAAAGCCUCUGGUCGGUGGAGCAAAGCUUGAAGGUAACCCACGGAUGUGGGUGUAAAAGAAUCCUCCUAAUAGCGCUUUGAGCGCCAUUAGGAGGAUUCUUUUACACCCACAUCCGUUGGUUACUUUCAAGCUAUUGAUUUCAAUGGGAGACAUGGUCCUGUUUUGAAGCUCCCAUUGAGGGAGUGCCAUGCCUCACUGGCUGUAGUUCUGAGGGAACUGUGGCACAGCACUGCACAUUAGUGUGGUUUUCGUCCAUGUGCACAUACCCUUAGGUUAGUUGAUAAAUACUGCAAUAUAAAAACAGUUAAUUCUAGCACAUAUAUUUUACUAACUUCACCACUAUGCAAAGGAAAUCUCUUAAUGUGACAUUAACAAAGGGCAUGUAAUUGUAAUCUUAUUUUGCUAAUAUGUAUAUAAUAUUAUACGAUGUAAAACUUAUAUUCCUAACUUUUUAUGUUGGUACAUGGCUUUCAUAGUAUAAUUUUUAUUUAAUUUUAUACGUGUAUAUGUGUUACUUUUUUAUUGUGACAUGCUAAAUAUAGAAAUUCUAUUGCUUGUGAAGAAAUGGCACAACUUUAGCGGAAAAGUAUCAAAGGCUUUUUUUUUUUUUUUUUUACAAUUUGCUAAUACUAUAUUUAAGCAUGUUUCAGUGUAACAUGAACAGUGAGUAUCAGUAUUAACUUUAACUCAAUGUUUUUGUAAUUAAUUAAACAAA